UUCUGCGCGUGCGCGGAGCUCGCUCGCCUCUCGCCAGAAGCAGCAAGAAGAGGAGGAGGCGGAGGCUCUGGCUGUGUGGAGAUAGCGUGAGGGGAGCCCAGGCGCCGCCGCCGCCGCCACCCCAUCGCCGGAGAGCCCGGGCGCGGGGAGCGAAGGCAGGAAGGGCCCUGUGGAGGCGGACGAGCGGCUCGAGCAGGCCCGCUCUGAGGCGAGGCUUCGGCUCGGCCCCAGCCCGCACAGCCCCGCUCGCUCGCUCGCGCGCUCCCUCCCCUCUCCUCCCUCCCUUCCUCCCCUCCAACAUGUCGGCGCCGGCGGCCAAAGUCAGCAAGAAGGAGCUCAACUCCAACCACGACGGGGCCGACGAGAUCUCAGACAAAGAGCAACAGGAAGCAAUUGAACAUAUUGAUGAAGUACAGAAUGAAAUUGACAGACUGAAUGAACAAGCCAGUGAGGAAAUUUUGAAAGUAGAACAGAAAUACAACAAACUCCGCCAACCAUUCUUCCAGAAGAGGUCAGAAUUGAUCGCCAAAAUCCCAAAUUUUUGGGUAACAACAUUUGUCAACCACCCACAAGUAUCUGCACUGUUGGGAGAAGAAGAUGAAGAAGCACUGCAUUAUUUGACCAGAGUUGAGGUGACGGAGUUUGAAGACAUCAAAUCAGGUUACAGAAUAGAUUUUUAUUUUGAUGAGAAUCCAUAUUUUGAAAAUAAGAUGCUCUCCAAAGAGUUUCACCUGAAUGAGAGUGGGGACCCGUCAUCAAAGUCCAGUGAAAUCAAAUGGAAAUCUGGGAAAGAUCUGACAAAACGUUCAAGCCAGACACAGAACAAGGCCAGCAGAAAGAGGCAGCAUGAAGAACCAGAAAGCUUCUUCACCUGGUUCACUGACCAUUCUGAUGCCGGAGCUGACGAGCUAGGCGAGGUCAUUAAAGAUGACAUCUGGCCAAAUCCUUUGCAGUACUACUUGGUUCCUGAUAUGGAUGAUGAAGAAGGUGAAGGAGAGGAGGAUGACGACGAUGAUGAAGAGGAGGAAGGAUUGGAGGACAUUGAUGAGGAAGGUGAUGAAGAUGAGGGUGAAGAAGAUGAAGAUGAUGAUGAGGGUGAAGAAGGAGAGGAGGAUGAAGGAGAAGAUGACUGAACACUGAUGGAUUCCAACCACCCUCUACCCCUCCCCUCUUCCCCCCCUCCUCCAGUCCCUGGGAGCAAGUUACCGUCUAUUCCCCCCACCCCACCCCUUUGUGCUCAGUCGCCUUGUUCUCUUGAGGUCUUUUUUUCUCUCCUCUUCACCAUGGUUCACAAAUUUUGGAGAAAAUAUCUUGAGCAGAAUACAGUGUAAAAGAAUAUCUCUACUCGUUUCGAUUUUUUUUUUAUCCCUCUGUUUUGAAACAAACUGUUAAAUGAAAUCAACACAACGUGUUCUGUGGGGAAGAAAGAGAAUCUUCUGCUCCCUUCACUCUGCUGGAAGCGGAAGAGUGCUGGGCCCCCGUGUAGUAGUGCAUAGAAUCGAGCUUUUCCCUUCUUUCUCUGUAUAUCGGGCUCGGAGAUUCCACUGUGUCUCUAUGUGAAUAUGGACAGUUAGCAUUUACCAACAUGUAUCUGUCUACUCUCUUGUUUAAAAAAAAAUGAAAAAGCUUAAAAAAAGGGGUUAUAGACAGGGUAAGCGAGGGUGGGUUUCAGAUGUUGGGGGUGGGUUAAGUGGGCAUUUUGACAAAACAUGACUUCUCCUUUGGCAUGUUUAAUUGUGAUGUUUAAACAAACAUCCUUACAGUUUAAGAUGACACUUUUAAAAUAAAAUUCUCUCCUAAUGAUGACUUUUGAGCCCUGCCACUUGAUGGAGAAUCAACAGAACCUGUAGGAUCUUAUUUGGAAUUGACAUUCUCUAUUGUAAUUUUGUUCUUUGUUUUGUUUUUUCAAUUUUUUUUUUGUUUCACUGGAAAAGAAAGAUGCUCAGUUUUAAACGUUAAAAGUGUACAAGUUGCUUUGUUACAAUAAAACUUAAUGUGUACACGA